AUGUCACAAACACCACCCGAGCUCCUCCGGGAGCUGGAGAUUGAGGGGUACACCGCUGUCAUGCGGGCCAUCUACGCGGGGACAUACGACUGGGAGAAGGAGGAAAUUCUGACCAAACUGCGCAGCAUUCUCAGCAUCGACAACAACCAGCAUGCGGAUGUCUUGGUCUCGGUCAAGGAGGAGAUGCAGGCCAUUCGAGCGGGGGGCGGCCAUGUCGCCCGCGCCAAGCCACUGACGGGGAAGGUCCCUUAUGUAGCCACUGGCGUAGGGCGGUACUGGCCCUCGGAGACUCCUCCCUGGGUGGAGGGCUACGUGUAUGAGUAUGACGCAGGUGCGCGUGGGUGCCGAGCGUGGCGCUUGCUGGGUUGCUUCAGUGAGAGGGCUGCGUGCCAGGUCGACAAGCUGCCGUCUGCCGAGUAUGUGCUGGGAGAGUUUGUGGACGUAAAGACCAUGCCCGGCUCGAGACGGGUGGCGGAGCGGCCGAGCGAGGCACCUGUACCCGGCCCUGCUGCGGCCCUGGCCGCAUCCGCCGCCGUCGCGUCUGACCGACAACCGAGCAAGAAGCGGAGGACGGCGCCGGGGCCCCUGCCCACAGCGGCGCCCUUCGACCCCCUGUGGCUCGACGCACGUCUGCAAGUCGCGGGCGAGGACGAGCUGCAGAGCCUGUACUCCCUACUGGACCGCAAGGAGAUCGAGCUGGCGGCAGAGCUGGGCCUGCUGGAACAGGGCAGCGCUGAGGACGAGGACAGGGCGGCGCGGGCCGCGCUGGAGGCCCAGUUCCAGGCCCUGUGCGAGCGGGAGACGGGUCUCAUGGCCGAACUGGCUGCCCUUACGGCCGUGGAGGAGUAG